AUGAUGGAGAAAAAGAUAGUGCGCAAAGGGCCGCUGCCUGGAGGUCGCCAGGACGCGUCUGGAGCUGGCGCUGGACGCGACAGCAUGCGGGCCGCCAGCCGAGCGCGGGGUGUUGCAAGACCACCUAGCAGCCCCCCGCAUCCAUCAUCCCCACCAGAAGGCUUGGUGUCGGCUGGGUCUUUUCGGACUCAGCAAGCGGCACCCGCCGCUGGUGGAGCACGUCGCAUGCGUUGGUCUAAAUCAAUGAAUGAAAACGCACUGCGGGCGUAUUUUAGGGCAAAAGGGGAAGAAACUGGAUGUUUGGCGCAUCGGGCUCGGAUGCAUCGCUUUUUUGCAGAGCUGGAGCCAUCUCUAUCCGUCACUGAGCAAAACCUGGCAGACCGAGUUAGGUACAUCCUGCGCUCCAACAUAUUUGGUGACGCCGAACUCGAGCGACUACGACGUGAGGCUAUUCCUUCAUCGAAUGGAAAUGCUACGGCUGGGAAUGCGGCGCCACUAGAUGCGCAACAAACUGCAUAUGAGGAUGCUGCCGUCAACAUUCCAUUUGUGGCUAAUAUGGACGAUGAUGGAAUAGUCUCCCACGAACUAGAGAAAAUGAGGAGCAUAUUGGAAGAGUCGAUGCUGGAAACGCGCAGCAUGCCUCUCGAAAAUCGACCGCGACUUCCCCGCAUACCCCUUAGCAAGCGAAAUCGGGCUGUCGUGCGGGCUCUUAACCCAAUACUGGUGACCUAUUUGGAAGCCAGCCGGGACCUUUGCGAGACGGAUUCAAUUCUUUUUGGCGCCGCACUGGCAGUAUGCCGUAUUAUUGGCGCCAAACUUCCUGUGGCUGGACGUGCUACUCAAAAAAGUAGCGCCAUCCCAGCCUGGAGAAAAAGAAUUGAGGACCGUAUCGCAAAGGCAAGGGCCCUUAUCGGCAGACUGACAAGCUUCAGGUCGGGUAAUAAUAGACCGAGGAUUAUGCGCACCGUUAGGAUGGCGUUUGCUGGGACAAAUAUCAAUUUGUUCCAGCCGGAUAUCACGCAAAAACUAACGGAGCGCAUAGAUGACCUGAAGCAAAAAAUCGCUGCUUGGGGGAAGCGGAUUCGACGAUUAAGCGAGAGGUCAAGGCGGUUCAACCAGAAUCGUCUCUUCCAGAGUGAUCAGAAGAGGCUCUAUAAAACAUUGGAGCGACCAAAGGUAUGUGGAGCGGGCCCAGGACCGGAUCAGGCUGACACUGUCGCAUUUUGGCGUGGCCUGUGGUCAGAGCCCGUAAACCACAGCGAGGGCCCUUGGAUGGAAGUUGUGGCGAGCCAGAGUGCAAGUGUUACGCCUAUGGACCCCGUCACUAUAACGCCUGAAGACGGCAAAGGCAAGUAUCUGUUGACUGUAAACCACAAGAGUGUACUGUUAGUUGUAUAUCGUUAA